AUGGCAGGAUACACAUCAAAGCUCAGUUCCGAAGAAAUUUUAGAACUUCUUUUGAAUGGAGACGUGUCAGAUCUUGAGAUUAGUGAGGAGGAGGAUGGUGAUUUUGAUCUGGCAGAUGAUGCUGUGCAACAAUCGAAUGUUCCUUCCCCAAGUGAACAGAGUAGCAGCUGCACUGAUAAUUCUGAUGAUGACGAGAGCUCUUCCCAGAAUCGCAGGAUGUUUUGGGAGAAAUGCGAAAGGUUUGAGGGACUCCAGGUUACCUUCUCGCCCACGGAAGUUGCAGAACAUAAUGAGAAUCAGAUCAUGGACUACUUUCAGCAAUACUUUGACUUGGCCUUUUUUAAGGAUACUUCUGAACUUACCAAUAUGAGAUAUUUACAGCAGACUGGAAGGUCUUUAAAGCUGUCUGCCAAGGAAUUGCGGGUAUUUAUUGGAGCAACAAUACUAAUGUCUUGUUUGAGAUACCCUAGAGUUAGGAUGUACUGGGGUAAAACAACAAGAGUUAUUAGCAUUACUGAAAUUAUGACUCGAGACCGAUACUUCACCAUUAGAAGUAAUUUGAAGGUGACAGACGAUAAUGCUGUAACAGAGGAAACUAGAAGGAAAGAUAAGUUGUGGAAAAUAAGACCACUUUUAGAACGUGUAAAGAGAGCAUGCCUCAGUUUACCUCGAUCUCCUGAAGUGGCAGUGGAUGAACAAAUGAUCCCGUUUACUGGAGCAUGUGCAAUAAAACAAUUUGUCAGGGGAAAGCCAAAUCCUGAAGGGCUCAAAAAUUUUGUGUUGGCUGCUCCUUCAGGACUAGUCUUGACUUUGAGAUUUAUCAGGGUAAAGGAACAUUCCCAGAAGCUAUUGGUCAACAAUUAA